UGUGUGUGUGUGUGUGUGUGUGUGUGUAUAUAUAUCUGUAUCCAACUUCGUUUGACUGCUUAGUACUAAAGUGAUCGAGCUUUGAGCGUUCUUGUUUGAGCAGGUGGAAAAUAAAUAAGUAACCAAUUAGUGUCCAAUCAACUGCAGGAUUCUGGUCAUUUAACUUACCGCAGGUAGAACCACAUUUGGGUGGGUAAAGAAAAAAGUGUGUGAAGGGUAGAUAGUGUAAAAGCAGUUUAGUUGGGUGAUUACUCUGUUGAUCGUGUGGUAUCACUUCUUUAUAUUGAAUUAUACCUGCUGAGAAAACUUUAUUAUGUGUGCUCGCAAAAGAGAAGAUCAUUAUCAGAUCAUCAAGAGUGAGAGUGCGAGUGAGAGAAGAAGGAAAUAGAGAAAUUAAUAAGCUGGCAAACAAGUGGUGGGAGAGUGUAGGUGUGGCGAUGGCGGGGGGUUAUGAACCAGGCCCAGGUUCUCGCUACGUUCACCAGCUCCUCACGCCCGAUCUUCACUUGCGAAGCCCAUCAUCCCUUUCCCAAAACCAGACGACAAUAAUCCAACCCUCCUCUGAUUCCAAAGACUCUCCCGACAGAGAUCAUCAGAAGGUUGACCUCGACGCCACCGCCACCACCACCUCUACCUCUACCCGCCGCCCAAGAGGCCGUCCUCCUGGAUCCAAAAACAAGCCCAAGCCUCCAAUAAUUGUCACAAGAGACAGUCCAAAUUCCCUUCGAUCUCACGUACUUGAAGUCUCAGCUGGUGCCGAUGUUAUGGAAAGCGUUUCAAAUUAUGCCAGGCGAAGGGGGAGAGCAGUAUGUGUUCUCAGCGGCACUGGCACCGUCGCAAACGUCAGGAUUCGUCAGCCUGCAGCUCCAACUGAAAGUGUUGUCACACUCCAUGGCCGAUUUGAGAUACUUUCAAUUUCGGGGACAGUGCUUCCACCGCCAGCGCCACCCGGUGCCGGUGGUCUGUCCAUAUUUUUAGCCGGUGGACAAGGACAGGUAGUUGGAGGGAGUGUGAUGGGUCCGCUGGUGGCUUCAGGUCCGGUGGUUUUGAUGGCCGCAUCGUUUGCAAAUGCUGUGUUUGAACGAUUACCGUUGGAGGAGGAGGGUGUUGUGCAAGUCCAGUCUGCUGCAUCACAGUCGUCAGGCGUGACAGGUGGUGGGCAAGUGGCUGAUGGUGGCGGCAAUAAUGGUGCUUCUUUGUUUAAUGUGGGGGUGGGAGGGAGCGUGCCUAAUUUUCCUUUUUCAUCUGAUUUGUUUGGAUGGGGAGGGAGUGGUGCGACUGCGAGGCCUCCAUUUUAGGAGUUAUGAAUAGUGACAAAAUGAGAGGGACAUGUUGUUGUCUUGGUUUCAUGGGUGUGUCUCAGUUUUAAAUUGGUAAUGGAGGACAGGAGGAGGCAGGCAUAAGAUAAGACGAUAUGUCAAAGCAAGAUUUCUUGUUAUCAAUUACGGUAGUAUUAGGUAUAAGAAAUAGUAAUACUCUUUGUGGAAGGAAAAGAAAUCAGUCUGGUCUUCUCAACAUUUAUUUGGAGGACAAGAAAGAUUUUUGUUGAAGCUGAAGUCGUAACCUUAUAAUCAGUGGCCUGGCUUUCCUAUUGAAAGGGAGGAGUUUUAAACCUUGUGUGGAGCAGAAAAAUUAUUGGAAGACUUCCGGAGGUCAGUAUACAUGUAGGUUCAAUACUUCACUUCUUCUUGUUUAUAUUAAGUACUGUCUCGUCUGGACCUGUCUAAUAUUUUUUCGUCUCUUCAACUUAGUUGAUUGUAAUCUGAAAAAGAUAAUGAUGUGCAUAGAAACAGAGAAGUUUUCUGUGUAUCCAACUGAUCUCUUAUGCAACAUCCAUCCUCCUAUCCUAUCUAUGCAUCAUAUAUAAUAACAUAU